CCGAAUGUCAGUAGAAAAUUUGCAAGUGUCGAUUUUAGGUGGGGAGUUUUAAAAUUUAAUGAAUUAAACUACUGUAAAAUUAAUUAAUAUUUAAUAAGUAAUUAGUUUUAUAUAUGCGUCGAGUGUUGUAUUUCGGUCGAUAUAGUUUACGUAGUUUUGUCGUGUCGUUUUUGUAGAUUUUUCGCGCAAUUUUGUUUGUUUUUGGUACAUUUUUACAUCGUUUUGUGUCUGUAAAAAGCGUCGUCCUUUUGUGUCGGUCUAAAGGAGUUUACUAUACGAAAAAACUCAAUAAAAAAAAUCCAAAAAAAAAAUGCACUAAUUACAAAACUUGUAAUUGAAUUCUCAACACCAACGAAAAAAUUAAUAAGUCUUAAGUGUUUGCUACUUAUCUUGCUUAGUUGAAUGGGGCUGAAGAGUGGGAGGAACAAAGUGUCAAGGAAUUUGUAAAAUGUAAAAUACCUACAAGGUAAAAUAAGAAUAUCAAGGACCUGUCACCGCCCAAUAGGGUUGCAUUUGAGUGUAUUUGUUUUUUUUUGUUUUUGUUUUCCGUAAAGACAUGAAUUCUUAAAAUAACAAACGAAGUGGAGAAGACUCUAGAGAAAAUAUACACAGUGGCGAAAAGUAGAAGUGGUUGUGGAAGCAGAAGCAGAAUCAGAGGCAGAAAAGAUCAUCACAAUAAAACGCGUUAACCGAAGGCGAUUUAUAGUAACGAACUGACGAACUGACGAAUUGACGAACUGAAGACCUGAGCACUACGCCUGCACUACGCCUGCACAACUCAACACAACUCAACACAACUCAACUCAUCAGUAUUCCUCCUUAAACAAAGCAAUUUAGUGUUGGGCAGCAGUUCAUCAAUUAUACAAAAUGGCAGAAGAUGAAAUCCUAUUCGACGAUGUUUACGAGUUGUGUGAAGUUAUUGGCAAGGGACCAUUCUCAAUUGUACGCCGCUGUAUACACAGGGAAUCGAACCAGCAGUUUGCUGUUAAAAUAGUAGAUGUUGCGAAAUUCACUGCUAGCCCUGGUCUAAGUACAUCUGAACAAAAUAUGCUAAUUUCAGACCUGAAGAGAGAAGCCACAAUAUGUCAUAUGUUAAAGCAUCCACACAUAGUAGAGUUGCUCGAGACAUACAGUUCAGAAGGCAUGCUUUAUAUGGUAUUCGAAUUUAUGGAAGGUUCAGACUUGUGUUUCGAAGUAGUGAGAAGGGCAGUUGCGGGUUUUGUUUAUAGUGAAGCUGUUGCAUGUCAUUAUAUGCGACAAAUUUUGGAGGCUUUGCGAUAUUGUCAUGAGAACGAUAUUCUGCAUCGAGAUGUACGACCAGCAUGUGCACUUUUAGCUACUGUAGAUAAUUCGGCACCAGUAAAAUUGGGUGGUUUUGGCUCAGCUAUACAAUUGCCUGGUGGCAGAGAAACAAUAGAAACACAUGGGCGCGUUGGUUGUCCGCACUAUAUGUCACCAGAAGUAGUUACGCGACGUUCUUAUGGUAAAGGGUGUGAUGUAUGGGGUGCAGGUGUUAUGCUGCAUGUACUGCUCUCAGGUCGACUACCAUUUUUAGGAUCCGGUAUUAGAUUACAAAACUCUAUUGCGCGUGGACGUCUUACGUUUGAAGCGCCAGAGUGGAAAUCAAUAUCAGCAACUGCCAAAGACUUAGUAAUGAAAAUGCUUGCAGCAAAUCCGCAUCAUAGAUUAUCAAUUGCUGAAGUGUUAGAACAUCCAUGGAUGCGGGAUAGGGAUAAAUUACAACGACAACAUUUAGCUGAUACAGUUGAAGAAUUAAAACGUUAUAAUGCUAGACGUAAGUUAAAAGGUGCUGUUCAAGCUAUUGCUGGCGGUACUACAUUAGAUCCACUUUUUGGCACAGACACUGAUUCAAUGCCUGUUGCAUCAGCUUCAGAUAUGUUAAACGAAUGGGCUGAUGAAGAAGCUGGUAUUGAAGCUGUGCAAAGAAUACUUGACUGCCUUGAUGAUAUAUAUGCUUUACAAGACUCAAAUGUUGAUCCAGAUGUACUACGUGAAAUGUUACGUGAUGGUAGAUUACAUCAGUUCUUACAAUUAUUCGAUCGUAUAAGCUCAACAGUUAUAUCACCAAAUCGCGCUCCACCUGGAGAUGCUGUAACACGUAGCAGAGAUGUGAUAGAAUUAUUGGCUUCCGCGGGUGGAAAUAAAUUUCUGAAAGAUGAACUAAUGCAAGUUUUAGCAACACCACAUGUACAGGCUUUGCUGCAUACCCAUGAUGUUGUUGCCAGAGACGUUUAUGGUGAGGAAGCUCUACGUGUGACUCCACCACCACUGGCUCCCUACAUCAACGGCGAUGAGAUAGACAAUGUGGAAAGCGGGGAAUUGCAGCAUGUGACCAGAGUACGUUUGGUGCAAUUUCAAAAAAAUACUGACGAACCAAUGGGUAUAACUUUGAAAAUGACUGAGGAUGGACGUUGUAUUGUGGCUAGGAUUAUGCAUGGUGGCAUGAUUCACCGUCAAGCGACAUUGCAUGUUGGCGAUGAAAUACGUGAGAUAAAUGGUCAACCAGUGCAGCAUCAAUCGGUGGGUCAGUUGCAACGCAUGUUGCGUGAAGCUCGCGGUUCAGUUACCUUUAAAAUAGUUCCUUCUUAUAGAAGUGCUCCACCACCUUGCGAGCUUUUCAGGAUAAGACCAGCUCCAGUUCUAAUAUUUGUUAGAGCGCAGUUUGACUACAAUCCUCUAGAUGAUGAGCUUAUACCUUGUGCUCAAGCUGGUAUAGCAUUUCAAGUGGGUGAUAUUCUACAGAUUAUUAGUAAAGACGAUCAUCAUUGGUGGCAGGCCAGACUCGACACAGUUGGUGGAUCUGCAGGUUUAAUACCGUCACCAGAGUUACAGGAAUGGCGGAUUGCUUGUCAAACUGUCGAUAAGACCAAACAAGAACAAGGAGAGCCGGGAGCAGGAUGUUCAGCACAUGCUGAUGGGUGUGAUGGAUCUACAGUGAAUUGUUCUAUCUUUGGACGUAAAAAGAAACAGUGCCGUGAUAAAUAUUUGGCUAAACAUAAUGCAAUAUUUGAUACUUUAGACGUGGUAACAUACGAGGAGGUUGUAAAAGUCCCAGUCGGUGAUCCAAAUUUCCAGCGUAAAACUUUAGUAUUACUAGGAGCUCAUGGUGUGGGCCGCCGUCAUAUUAAAAAUACAUUGAUAUCUAAGUAUCCCGAUAAAUAUGCUUAUCCCAUACCACAUACAACGAGACCUGCUAAACCAGAAGAGGAAAAUGGUCGUAGUUAUUAUUUUGUUUCUCAUGACGAUAUGAUGGCAGACAUAGCUGCUAAUGAGUAUUUAGAAUACGGAACGCAUGAAGAUGCUAUGUAUGGUACGAAAUUGGACACCAUACGCCGCAUUCAUACUGACGGUAAAAUGGCUAUACUCGAUGUAGAGCCACAAGCAUUAAAAAUUUUACGCACAGCUGAAUUCACGCCUUAUGUAGUAUUUAUUGCUGCUCCAUCACUGCAAAAUAUAGCCGAU